AUGAAUCUCCUGUCCUUACCCAACGAGCUCAUCCUAGAGAUAGCGAAGCAUCUCCAGAACCAAACUUGGCUUAACACAUUCACCCGCACAAACCGAUUUGUUUUCAGCGUCGUAAACCCAUAUAUGCACCGCUACAACGCAGAUUACCACAAACACACCGCUCUUGGCUUUGGUGUUUGCGGUGGGCUUGAAAAGGUCGUCAGACGAUCACUGGCUGCGAAGCCAACCGAUAUCAACGCAAGAAUCGGCUCGAUCAUACCGGUCUGCUGCGAGCCGCUCCACACUCCCCUUUGCUACGCAGUAGGAAAUAAACAAAUGCGAGUGAUCGAGAUUCUACUCGACGAGUAUGGUGCCGAUAUUGAACAGCACUGUUGCAAAUCAGUAACGAUGCUGAUCUGGGUUGCACAUAUGGGAUUGCUGGACCUGACCAAACUACUCGUUGGCAAAGGCGCGAACAUCCAUUCGGAGGAUGGAGCUGGAGCUAGGCCAAUUCAUCAUGCUGCUUGGUCGGGUAAUGUGGAAUGUAUGGCGUUUCUUAUCCAGGAAGGCGCUGAUGUUCAUCAAACCGCACCUGGUGAGGCCCCAGGUGAAACAUGGUCCUGCCUUCAUUUGAUGGUCAUAUGCGGUAAAAUGGAGGGAGUCAAGCUUCUAGUGGAACAAGGGGUCGAUAUAGACAUGGUGCGGGUUCGAGGAACGACGUCCGUGAAAAUGGCCGUGGAAUAUGGCCACUUUGACAUCGCCUCGUACUUACUUGCGCACGGGGCUAAAGUUCCAGAAGACCAAGACUUCUUCGUUUCCUGCGCCACCCGCGGAUACGCUGAGGGUCUCAGGUUGGCCUUGGAUAAGGUUGUUUCAAUAGACGACGCAGACUCGGAGGGCUAUACCGCCUUCUUCAACGCGGUGGCGCACGGACAUGUCGAAGCUGUCCGUGUGUUGUUGGAUCGAGGCGCCAGUGUUAUCAUCGAGAAUGAGGGCUCUGCUAUACCUAUAGCCGCCGCACAUGGCCACUUCCGAGUUUUGGAAAUGCUUCUGGAUCACGUUGAUCGAUCUGGCGGCGACCGGACGAUGAGCUAUGGGAAUGCAUUUCAGCUUGCAAUGCGGAAUAGACACUGGGACUGUGCUGAGGAACUCUUAAACAGAGGUGCCGAACUGAACUCGAAGAUUGAUGAUGAAUUGCCCCUAUCUUACGCGGCAAGGCUCGGCGAGGAAGAAAUAGCGAGAGCUCUCCUUACAAAAGGCGCUGACCAGACACGGCAUGGCGACGAUCCCACUCUGCUGUUUUGGGUCGUCAGGAACUUGAGCAUCGACGUGCUCAGGCAACUUCUCGAGCUUGGUCUUGACCCCAAUGCAUACUCAAAAGCUCUCCAGCAGGGUCAUUCGUCCAUUCGGAAACAUUCUCGUAAGGGAUGGCUACUGCCACCUCUGGCAUGCGCAAUGAGCCAGCAGUUUUACGACGAGGCAGAGCUUCUGAUAGACCAUGGAGCCGAUCUACGCCCCAUCUACCGAAGGAAACAACACAUUACUUUGGUUAACGCCACUCGAUCCAUGAAGUGCACCUUGAUCGUCAAGAUGCUUGAUCGGGGUUUUGAUGUGAAUGAGAAGAGUGAUGCUGGCGAGACGUCUCUCUCGGUGGCUGUGACCGCUGGCAACGCGGAAGUCGCCGAGCUUCUCCUGUGUCACGGGGCGGACCCCAACAUGCGCAUCGGAUCCUUUCCGUCUGUUCUAUCACUCGCCAUCGCAAAGGGACACGUUGAAGUAGCAGACGUCCUUCGGAAGCACGAUGCGAAGGAAAAAUGCGAGGAAAUGGAUGUUGAUGAGGAAGACUAUCUGGCCGGUGUGGUUGAAUUGCUGUCGUCUGCGUGA